AGUCAAUUACAAAAGAUAUUCGGUAUUGUUCAUACGUCCGCGGGGGCUAGAUGUGAUAAAAGAUACGACAGUGACUCCUCAUCCUUCCACCGAACAUCUCGUAGUGUAGUACAUCUCCUAAUUGAAUCAAUCUAGUUGUGCCAGUAUGUGGUGCGUACGAUGAUACGAGUGAUACCAGUGAACUCGUGUGUUUCAUAGUGUUUUGUUACAAGAUGUACAGAAGCCGGUGUUCUGUAACACUCACCCUGCUGCUCGCGCUAUGGGUUCGAGCUAAGGACCUGACGGACAUAGAGGCCCUGGCGUCCACCCCUACAAGAUGUCAUUACAUGUACGCCUACGACAUGUACGGGGCGCACUGCGCCGGGCUACGCCUCAGCAAGAUCCCCUCAUUGAGGGGAGGAAUAGAGAUCCUGGACUUCAGCGACAAUAGGCUACAGGAAAUCCAAAGCGACACUCUCUCAUCCUACACGAGCAUAAAAUUACUAUACUUAUCAGAGAACCAAAUAUAUUCAAUAGAUAAAGACGCAUUUGCGUAUCUCACUAAUCUCGAGACUUUAGAUCUGUCCAAGAACGUUAUUCUGGAACUCCCAGAGUCGAUAUUUCAAAUGAGAUCACUGAGGAUACUUUACCUGGGUGGUAAUCCUCUGCUGCAUCUUAAACUAGACAACCUAGAUAUAAAGAAGCCCAUCAAAGCGCCGUUGGAAAUUCUAGAUCUGUCCGAUUGUAAGUUAAAAUCGUUGCCAGAUUUCGGAAUACUUCCUCAGAUGUCUUUCUACAAUAUCUCCUACAAUCCGCUGACUUCCUUAGACGCGAGGACAUUCAGCUCUAUGUGCAAGUUGUCGAAUGUGGACCUGACGGAAUCCAUAGACAAAAUCAGCCUCUGCGACCUGAAAAUGACGAUAUCAUGGUUCCGAGAGCAACCAGUUCACUUCCAACUGAAGGACUACAGCAGACUAAAUUCUAGAGAAUUCGAAGCCUGUCCAGAGCCCGAAAUACCACAAUCCCUGAAUAUAUCUUAUCAUCAGUGCCGUUCAGCUUACACUGAGAUCCAGAAGGUGAAAACCUACAGACGCACCUGGUUCACGAUAGCUGGAGGUCUGGCUGGGUUUCUCAUCGGCUUCGUCCUACUGCUGUACAUCAUGCAUCGACAUAACGUCGCUCAGACUAAGAAACUCAAGAAAACCCCUCCAAAAUCAACGUCUGGGGACACGAACGCGACCGCCAUACUACUCAACGACUUAUCCUAGCAUUUCCUUAAGAGAGAUGGAUGUGAAGUGAUGAGGUAGAUAUGCGAAGUCAGGGUGUGAUAAAGCAUUCUCCUACGCAAAUAUUGUAAAAAACAGGGAUUGAUAACAAGGCUCUGAUUCGCAAUAUAAAUAAUUAAGUAGGUGUUAUAAUAGACUAAACUUUAACAUAGGUAAUAGGAAUCGCACAUUACCGUGUUAACCUGAACAUUGAGCAUAACACGCCAAAUUUAACUAGGCACGUCGUUUAAACGAACUCUAUGAAAGAAGGCGCCAAGUUUAUUUCUACGUGUUGUAGAUAUACUAGAAACUAUAAGUAGUGAUAACGGAUAAGAUAGGUACGAGGUUCUAGAUUCGAAUAAAAUGUAAAUUAUUAUUAUUUAUGAUCGAUAUGAGACACUAUCGCUAAACUGUUUUCCUGUUACUGAGCGUUGACCAAUGACAUCGCGGUAAAUUUCCAAAUCCGAACCGAACGGAACUAAGUGUAUUAUAAAAAUCUAAAAUCAAAAUUAUUUCGAUUCGAUAAAUAGUUAACAGAUUUUACCACGCGUUUGGCUGAAGGUCAAAUGGCCAAAAUAUAUCAAAAUAAGUAUACAGGCUGUAACAAAAAUAAGUGAUAA